ACGCCUACUGCCGUCUUCGCAGAUUUAGAAACAAUGCAGCUAGGCUGAGUCGGUCGGCAAAAAGCCAGAGGUAAAUCCAGAUGAUUUUUAGAGCUGCUAAAUUUCCGGGCCGCUCCUGAACGUAACCACCGUUUAUAUUUGGCUUAAAGGAGACGCAACAAAGCGCACAAAAUGGUUGUGCGCCGGGCCCGGGCGAAUAAGUAGGUUUACUAUAGCUUUAAGAACGCGAAAAUAGGCUCUGCUUCUUUAAAAUGAUAUCGGGUUAUUACUGAAUAGAUAAUUAAGAAAAGUUUUCAAUUCUGAUCAAUAAAUAUAUGCAUUUUAUUAGCGACGAAUCCGAGGCAUUCCGUGAAAAUGCCCCACUGUUGGAUAAAGGCCGCUCGCAAUCAUAACAAACGUCUUUGAAUCAGAUGUUGUCCGUUUUUCUUCAAAUCGCGAGUAAGCCUGCUUGACUUUAAGCUGAAGUGAAAGUAGACCGAGGUGUCCUCACGGUGAUGGAACCGGUGGGCGACCGAACGGGAGAUGUAAAUAAAGGUGACGAGCCGGCGGAGGGCAAGGCCGCAGAAGGGACCCCGGCCACCAGUUUGACUGUUACCCCGCGGAGGGGUCUCAGAGAGCGGGCAGCCUGCCGCUCGAGGUCCGGUGUCUCCGCCUCGCUCACGGACGUCAACGGAGCAGCGUCGAGCCCACAUAGCUCUGGGCGAGUCCUGAGAGACCGGUCAACGCGGGCGGUACCGGCCUGGCUGAAGGACACCAAGAGCGACGACGAAGAAGAUGGACCGAGCCCGGACGCCGGCGCGACUAAGCGGAGGAAAGUUUCCAACGCGAGGCGAAAGAAAACCCCCGACUCUGCGGGCUCCGCUGAGGCUGAAGGGGGGGUCGCAGGUGACAGCCUUCGCGACACAGACUCUGAGGACCCAAAGAAAGCUGCCACAGAUGCUCAAGCUCUCCCCCCCAGACGCCCCCCGGCCCAGAGCCGUGCCAAGCCCCCGUCUGGCAGGGCCGUCCGCGGCUGUGCCAGGCCCGUGUGUAAGACCGAACCCGGAAUGGAGGGUCCAGCUGCAGCGGAAGGAGAGGUAAAGAAUAAAGACAACUAUGAAAUUCUGAAGAAAGAGGAUGGAGGCGAGGAGCCGGUCUUGAAUGAUGGAGAAGAUCCUCCGUGUGGGGACGACCCGGACGACCUCAGCUACCAGCCGCUAAGUCAGAGUGGCGCGGAGGAAGAAGAGGGUCUCAGCAGCGAUGAAGACCUCCCCUUUACAGACGACCUAAAUGACCAGAGCUACGACCCGAACGCUGAGCGGUGUGUGGAGGUCCCGAAACCAAAGCGCAGAGCUCCUCCGAGGCCGAAGGAGAGGAAAGAGAAAGAGAGGGCACCGAAGAAGGAGAAAGAGGUCGCCGAGAUAAAGAUAGAGGGCUCGGACAAUGUGGAGAGUUUGGAGGAGGAAGUAAAGCUAGAGGAGGAACUGGUCGAGGACCCGGAGGGACCCAGGAAGAGAGGCCGGCGGAAAAAAGACGACAAAACCCCGCGGCUGCCAAAGAGGAGGAAGAAGCCGCCGGUGCAGUACGUGCGCUGUGAAAUGGAAGGAUGUGGGACGGUCCUGGCUCAUCCUCGCUACCUGCAGCACCACAUAAAGUACCAGCACUUGCUCAAGAAGAAAUACGUCUGCCCCCACCCUUCCUGCGGACGGCUUUUCCGACUACAGAAGCAGCUGCUGCGCCAUGCAAAGCACCACACAGACCAGAGGGACUACAUCUGUGAGUUCUGUGCCCGUGCCUUCAAGAGCUCCCACAACCUGGCUGUGCACCGCAUGAUCCACACCGGAGAGAAGCCCCUGCAGUGUGAGAUCUGUGGCUUCACGUGUCGCCAGAAGGCGUCCCUCAACUGGCACAUGAAGAAGCACGACGCCGACGCCACCUACCAGUUCGCCUGCUCAAUCUGUGGCAAGAAGUUUGAGAAGAAAGACUGCGUGGUGGCCCACAAGGCCAAGAGUCACCCCGAGGUGCUAAUUGCCGAGGCUCUGGCAGCAAACGCCGGCGCCCUCAUCACGACCCCUGUCUCCCUGCUGGAGCUGCAGGGAAACCCCAUGCAAGCGGAGGUCGCCGGCCUGGACGUGAGACAACUGGGACAGGGCGGGCAGGUGGACCAGCUGAGCCACGAAGGGCAGGUGGCUCAGCUGGGUCACGUGGCCCAACAGGUGGUUCUGCUGGGACAGGACCAAAGCCUCCAUACCAUGCAGAUGCCUGUGACAAUUGCCUUGUCCCCGCCUUCACCGACCGACAACCAUCAGCAGACCCAUCUACAGCUCCAGAUGCCCGUCCAGUUCGUGCAGGCUGCUCAGCAGCCCCAAAUCCAACAGCUGACCCUCCACUCCAGCCAGGUGGUGACCCAGCAUCAACCCCAGCUGCACCCUCUGCAGUCGUACUCCUCCCAGCAGCAGACGCAAAUCCUUCAAAUGACCUUCCAGCCGGUCAGCCAGUCUCAAACCCACAUUCAGCAGAUCCCCAUUCUCUCGACCCCUCAGCAGCUCCACACCCUCCAAACAGCUACCAUGAGCUCCCCUCUCCUGUCCUCAUCCCAGGACCCGGCCUCCACGAAUGGGGACAGCUUCAUUCUGGACAAUGCAGUGCUCUCGUCGUCCCCUCCGUCGGGCAGCUCCCUUGCGCAGACGGGAGUAAUGGGGCCGGACGGCGCGGUCUGGGAGCAGGCGGGACACGGCGGGGUUCUGUCGGACAGCGUCGAGAGGCUGGCGCUGCAGCAGCAGCCCCUCAUGUGAAAGAUAAGACGACCUGAUAAACUGCAUUGCUAUGUUAGAGGUAACCCUAAGGUCACACAUAUUACGUACCGUUCACUCAUAGUCCUAUUUGGUAGCUUUUUAGAAUAUCUGUAUCAGGGAAUGAUGUAUAUGUGUCUGUGUGUGUAAGCUGUUGCCUUUGUACAUACGUCCUGUAAACUGAACUAGCCGUGUGUGUGUGUGUGUGUGAGUGAGAGUGAUAUCAUGAAUCAACACACAACAUACAUUUUAGGAAGCUAUCAUCUCCUCCACACUUGUGGGGUGAGAAAGUUCUGUUUCAAUGAACUGGCAGCUAUUUUAAUUUGUUCAGUUUAUGUCCAGGUCUACUGUAAAGCCUUUAUUUGGUGAGAUUAAAGGAAUAACAAACGACUA